CGAAGGAAGACACUUUUCUCUUCUGCAGAUAUGGUGGACGGGAUUUCAAUUGUUCAUCCAUAUUCUCGAUCAUUUUGACCGACGCUGGAUUUUGCUUCAGAUUCAAUGGGCUAAAUAGAAAGUUUUUCUUCAAUUCAGACUCUGUAACUCCUGAAGAAAAACAAAAAAUGUGGACUGUAGAACGAGGUUAUUCAUCGGAUUUUCAAGAAAAUAUAGACAAAUACCCUCGGCCCGGAGUAGCAUCUGGAAACGAGCAAGGUAUAAAUCUCAUCAUGAAGGCAGAUGUAGAUGACUACUUCUGCUCUUCAACCGAAUCUUUUGGAUUUAAGGUACUCAUCCAUAAUCCAAACGAUUUACCGAUGAUCAAGAAUUUAGGAAUGGCCAUACCAUCCAAUUUUGAAUCACGUUUUGCCAUAAGUCCAACCCUUGCUAUAGGAGCACCAUCCAUUAGAAGUCUGGCGAUUGAUGUUCGAAAGUGUAUCUUUCAGAGUGAAAAUUUUCUAUCAUAUUUUAGCACGUAUUCAGAAACUAAUUGUAUCACCGAAUGCGAGACAAAAAUUUUACUAAAAAAUUGUGGCUGUAUCAAACAUUUUCAACCGAUGCGACACCCGAAUAUGUCGAUAUGUGGCACUGCUGAUACUAGCUGUAUCAACACUGUCGAUCAUAAGAUUUUUAUGAAACAGAACCCGUUAUUCAGUUGUAGUCAUUGUUUGCCGGGAUGUUUUGCUUUAAAUUACGAUAUAUCAUUUUCAACAGCCAUGAUAUUCGACAGAUUGCCAUUUUUGCGAGAGAGAAAGCUUAAAUCAAAGGAUGUGGCUAUUCUUCACAUCUAUUACAGCCAAACGAUGUUUCGAGCGCAGAAAAAAGAGGAGUUGGUCGGCUUUGCCGAAUUUCUAGCCAAUUUGGGUGGUUUGCUGGGCUUAUUUUUGGGCUUUAGCGGACUUUCGGUUAUUGAAAUAUUCUACUUCAUUUCGAUUAGGCCGUACUGCCAAUUUCUUCGACUUUCAAAUGCUAGGCGAGAGCUAAUGAAGAAAUUGACUCGAAAAAUAGAAGAGAUACGACACGGGCAGCAUUCUCCGAACAUUAUGGCAGUUCAGCCAAAAUUAAGCUUUGACCAAACCUAUUAUCAACGUCACUUGGAUUAAUUUCGAAAUUUCAACAAUAUUCCACAUAAUGAUUGGUUUGCUUUACGGUGUUUUUGCCCACGUGCAAUUUAAAUCAUGAAAAUAAUUACUCAAAUUUCAAUUUAUUUCAAGAACUUCAUUAAAAUACUGCACCAAAUGUGAUUUGAAUGAACUUAUAGAUUUGAUCCAGAUUACAAUUAAAAUAAAAUAUCCCCAUG